AUGUCUUUUGAUUAUAUCUCUAGUUACGCACCUACAAAUGAAGUUAUGGAAGAUACAAACCUUUCAGAAUCUUCAAACAGUUUUUUAAUCAAAACUACAACUAAUAUAAAUAUGGAAUUAGGAGUAAAUUUGUCAGAACAGAACCUUGAGCUCUUAGUAGAGACAAAUGAUAAUAGUAAAAUUAGACAAUAUAUGUUUGAAUAUACAUAUUCUGGAAAAACUAUUAGAGAUCAAGUUGUUGAUCUCUCAAGGCAGCAAAAUCGAAGCUCAGGAAAAAUAUCAUGCUCAUGGCAUAUAAAUCUCUCAAAACCAAAAGCAUCAGCCAUUGGAGAUAUGGGAUCUAAGCAAAUAUUACCUCUAUUAACUGCAAAAUUUCCUGAUUAUAUAAUUCAUAAAUAUGAUCUUUAUAAUGCUAUUCAAAAAUCAUAUUUAACGCCACAUAUAUUAGCAGUUCAACAGCAGCAAAUUAAUGGAUCUCUCUUAUAUCAUGUACAAUUAUGGCCAAAAAACAAUAUCUAUGAAUUACAGAUGUAA